AUGCCUCCUUAUGAAGCUUUAUAUGGGAGAAAAUGUAGAAUGCCUCUUUGUUGGAAUGAGGUUGGUGAAAGAAAAUUGGUGGGUCCUGAGAUUGUGAAACAAACUGAAGAUAAGGUGAAAAUCAUCAAGGAUCGUUUGAGAAUUUCUUCAGACAGACAAAAGUCCUAUGCUGAUCUUAAAAGGCGUGAAAUUGAGCAUCAGAUCCACAAUGUCUUUCAUGUUUCUAUGCUUCAAAGAUACCGCUCAGAUUCAUCUCAUGUUCUUCCUAUUGAGUCUAUUGAGGUUAAUCCUGAUUUGACAUAUGAAGAAGAACCAAUCCAAAUCGUAGCGCAUGAAAUAAAAGAGCUUAGAAAUAAGAGAAUCCCAUUAGUGAAGGUUCUUUGGAGAAAUCAUUCAGGCAAAGAAGCAACCUAG